UUUUUUGUGGAAGUUAUAAACUUUUAUAUUCUAAAGAAAUUUUCAAUAUUAUACAUAUAUCUUAUAUCUUCAUAGUUCAUACAUAGCUCUUUUUUUCCUUAAGAGAUCAAUAUAGCCUAAAAGUCUCUUGUUGUAAAUAAAUGCCAUUUUCUUUACCUGAUAUUCAAUAAGAACAAGAGAUUGAUAUCACAAUAUAAACAAAGUAACACAACAUAAAAUAUUACAAUGAAAGCGAAAAGUAAUGGUGGCGUGUUCGUAGUACGAUGGUACGAGUUAUUCCCCAUAACACACGCCUGUGUGUGUAUGAAUGUAUACAUACACAAUACACGUAUACCAUUCAUUUAAACUUUAAAACUAGACAUUUGUCUAAGUUUAUUAUCACAGACGAACCUCAAAGAUAAGAAUUAUAGAUCUAUAUAUUAUAAAUUAACACUUUUUUAUACCUAAAUAAUUUUAUCUGUGACGUCAUCUGCCGGUGCCGCAGGCUGUAGUCCCUGCAAAACAUGGACUUGAUUAUUUAUUUCAUUGAUUUGUUGACACUCUGGUGCAUAUAUUGCACAUGUGACAUGUACUGUAAAUCAUUACUUACAUAGCCCUACACGCAAUUCACGCCCACAUAUUGGAGUAUAUACAUCGUAUAGUCAAUAAUUCAAAAUUCUUAAUUGCCAGUAAACCUAUUUUAUCAAAGUUAUACACUUACUCUAACGUUUCCAUUUAAUUACAUAUCGAAUAUCGGUAAAUACAUGUACAUAAUGAUGUUUUUUUUAAUUAUCACUCAGUCAAAGUCGUGCACUUUUGAAGUCGAGACUUUGAAAUAACAGUAACACCAAAACAAUAGCUUUCUUUACUUCAUGUGCAACUGAAACAGAGAAGCACCACUUAAUAUUAAAUAUAAACAAUAAAAUAUCUCCGUGCCACCCACCCCCACUCUGCGUUUAUAAAAUAAUAAAGAUUAAUUCAUUUUUAAAACCAAUCUUGGUCUCCCACACUUAUACUUUUCCAUUCUGUUAGAUACAAGCAACACCAUACUUGAUAUUCAUAUAUUUGAAACACCGAUAUUUUCAAAUACAUAUCCACCUGGGGUUUUUUGAUCGAAACUGUCAUGAUAAAUGAUAAAUGAAUGUAAAUUCCCUUGAUGGUCUCUCUUCCAUUUCGUGUAUAAUAUCACAUAUCAUUCGUCGUGUUGAUCGCUGUCGACUUUUGCAUAAAUAUUAUUAUGUUUUCAUAUUUCAGUUCAUUGAACAGGUACUAGACUAAAUAUAACCUUGGGAAUUUUUUUUAUAAAAAAAAAUAUGCGUUCAGUUUACUCAUUGACCUCAUAAUUCUUCAUCAUCAGCCUACGAGAGACAUGAUGUCAAAUAAAUCUAUCAAUCUACUUACAAAGGGAAAACUACACAGUGGCUAAUGAUUAAACAAUGUUAGAAUUUUCACUGCUGUGCAGAGUUUUAAAACCAAUUCUCGCACAUUUAUAUAAGUAUACUAUUUUGUUCUUUACCAUUUUUUUUUCAAUAUAUAUGUAUAUACCAUGUUUUAUGACAAUUGCAAAUUACCUGUAUUAGGGUGAGAUCCUAGUAAGUUGCAAGAACUUGUGCUCGAACCCUUUGUGUAUUAUGUAUAUACAAUGAAAUAUGUUCAAACCGACCAAUGUUUAUCAAUAGUUGCAAAAAUGGGACGGCUCGAAAUGCCGAUAUUCCUGACUUGCAUUAAUCUAAGUGUCCAUAUCCAUGUUCUAAUUGGUGUUUUACUGUAACCAACUAUUGAUCUAUUAUUGUUUAUUGAUUUUAUAUGAGAUAAUCAUUAUAAACCUGUCAAGCAUGUCGAGACAAAUGUAAAACCAAUGAUCCGUGACCAUCCCGACGGAACUAAAUUAUUUGUUUAAUCACUACUGCAUGGAAACUAAGCAAACACCAUUGUAACCAAACACAAGAAACAUCUAAAGCUCUUCAAUCACGGCGAAUAUUGCGCCUAACGUAAUGUUUCUGCCGCGGCCGCAAUUUCACGUCAAUUACUACGGCGGCCUGAACAGAGAUGGAGCGUGGUUUAAUUAUAACAAAGUUAUAGGUUACUGCGAAACAAAUGUCCAUGAUCAUGUCAACUUUGGUGCAGACAACAACGUGGGUAACAAUGACCAAAGCUGUGUCCCCGUUACUCAGAACAGGAAAGGAAAGAAAAAGAAUAAAAAGGCGAAAAAGAAUAUCCCAGAGGUCAAUGGCCAGCUUGAGGGGGAUCAGUUUUAUAUCUCCAAGUCUCAAGAUCAAAGCGCUCACCCUUCACGAACGGAAAAGAUCGUGGAGGAAUGUUUAAACUCGCCGCGGUUGGCCAUCAACAAGAAUCGAAAUCGUAGCCUCAUAGAUGCCUAUAAGCCGUCAGAAACAAGCAGAAAUGAACUCAUCAAGGAACUUCAAGAUCAUCUUAAUAUUGGCUUAAAUUCUGGCAGUAAAAAUGCAGUAACUGUUACUUCUGAAUACAAAUCAAAUGAAAAUGAAGAACACCAAAUGGAAAAAGGUAAGAUUUGCCCGCAAAAUAAUCAGAAACAACCCCAACAUCUAGAACAAGACAACCAUACAGUGGGGGUUGAUAGCAGUGAGGCCAGAGUCCCCUCUCACAGGGUGUCGGUCACUCGUGAUCCGGUGAACGCCCAGAGGAUUCAGCAGUGUGAACAGGCAAAGCUAAUGGCACGAUACGCCUCGGACAAAACCGGGAUAUCUUUGACCGACAUCUACACGGGUAGGAUAUCCGUCACAGAAAAACCGAAAGUGAAACCGGAAGUUUAUGAAGAGAAGGAUACAUGGCAACCAACAGCGAACACGCGGGAGAAAAACGAGACUGUUUGUUUUACCCAGCCCGUGGCAAACCCAGAAUGGAAUGACAAGAAGGUUGGCUUUUACGAUAAUGGCAGCUCAUCUUCUGACUGGACAACAUCGAGUUCCGGUUGUGAGACGGAGGAACCAAUCACGUUAGAGGAAGUGCGCGAGCACAUGUGUUAUUACGUUCUCUGCUGCGGACUUUGCAUUGACUGAGAAGAGUCCAUAAUUUACAUGUACAUCUUCAUUACAUUGUUUGUAAAGGGGGCAUUCUAGAUUACGUAGAUUUCGAAUAAAUUUUACUUUUUAUGUCAUAACAUUA